CUACAACGUAUAUUACAUUUUAGGAGCAAGAAUGUUAAGUGGACUGUAUUAAAGCAUGUAGCGAUUUCUUUUUUUGUUUCUAAAUAAACUAUUGCAACCACAAUAAGCAUCAAAGCAUGGAGCCGCAUGAAGGCUUUGGUCUCCCAGUUGAAUCAUUUCCAAAAGAUUUCAGUUACCAUGGUGAUGAUGGGGAGGAUGCAGUUGCCACAGCAACAUCAAGUGACAUGAAGCCACGAAUUCUCAUCAUGGGACUUCAGAGAAGUGGAAAAUCAUCAAUACAGAAAGUCGUUUUUCACAAAAUGUCACCAAACGAAACGUUGUUUUUGGAAAGCACAUCGAAAAUAUUCAAAGACGAUGUCUCGAACAAUUCUUUUAUUAAUUUCCAAAUAUGGGAUAUACCAGGGCAGAUAGAUUUCCUUGAUAACACAUUUGACCUGGACAUGAUUUUUGGUGGAACAGGGGCUCUUAUAUUUGUGGUCGAUGCACAGGAUGAUUACAUGGAGGCAUUAACCUGUCUGCAUCAAACUGUGUCAAAGGCGUUUCGGGUUAACCCGCAAAUAAAGUUUGAAAUUUUUAUCCAUAAAGUUGAUGGUUUGUCAGACGAUCAUAAAAUUGAAACUCAGCGAGAUAUUUCACAGCGUGCUAAUGAAGAAUUACAUGAAGCGGGUCUCAGGGAUCUGCAUCUCAGUUUUCAUCUCACUUCUAUUUAUGAUCAUUCAAUUUUCGAAGCAUUCAGCAAAGUGGUGCAAAAAUUAAUCCCGCAGCUUACAACACUAGAAAACUUGCUCAGUAUUUUUGUACAGAAUUCUGGUGUGGAGAAGACAUUCUUAUUCGAUGUUGUAAGCAAGAUAUACAUCGCAACAGAUGGAUCUCCAGUCGAUAUGCAGUCAUAUGAACUCUGCUGUGAAAUGAUUGAUGUCAUGCUUGAUAUGACAUGUAUUUAUGGUGAUGAAACUGAUGAUGGAACACCACAGGAUUCAACAUGCAUAAUUCGAUUAAACAACACCAGUAUUUUGUAUCUGCAAGAAGUUACCAGGUUUCUCGUGUUGGUUUGCAUUUUAAGGGAUGAUUCUUUUACUCGCAGAGGAAUUAUAGAUUACAACAUACUUCUAUUGAAGAAAGCGAUCAACGAUGUUUUUGAUGUGCGGCUGAGACAAGGAAAACAAAAUGGUCAUCUUCCAAUAGAGGGAAGAAAUAAUCUAAUGCAGCUUUCCACUUCCGCCAAUGCUUGAGCCAUUCCCCUCAGUGUGACCUUGUUUAAUAUUAUCUUGGAGGCACAUAGUUUACUUACGAAACUUUGUACCUUGCGAUCUAGCAAAAUUUUAUGGUACAGAGAGAGGCAGCUUGUGGGUUAUUAUUAUAACAUCCUUACUUUUUCCAAGUAACUGGCAAGUGCAUUAGUAAAAUAAUAUAUUGUGGCCUGUAAGAUUCUUUUCUCAAUAAAAUCAAAUAUUCUCA